AUGGGACUGGACUUUGAAGACCUCCUCGGCGAGCACUUGCUUUCAAGCGAAGGCACUCGAGCGACCGCCGCGGCCCUCGAGGGCAAGACCGUUGGUCUCUACUUUAGUGCCCACUGGUGUCCGCCGUGCAGGGCAUUCACCCCCGUCCUGGUCGAGUAUUACCGCAACCUGCUUGCCAACGAUAAAGCGCUGGCCUUCCCGUUUGACCGGACAGCGGCCGAGUCGUUGGGCCAGCGAUUCCAGAUCAAAGGCGUACCCACUCUCAUCUUCCUCGAUCAAAAGGGCGAGAUCCUGUCCUCCAACGGGCGUGCCAAUGUCCUUGGCGAUCCCGAGGGACUUGGCUUUCCGUAUCCGCCGAAAUCCGCCAGGGAGAUUCUUGGAACCAGUUUUGUUGGCCCUGACGGACAGCCGGUGUCGUCGGUCGCUCUGGACGGCAAGACCGUCGGUGUCUUGAUUGCCAAAGCCUCGCACCCACUCCAAGACGACCUUGCCAAAACCUACAAGAGCACGCUCGACCGGAAUCUGCCCUUUGAGAUCAUCGCUCUAUCAGACGAUCAUCUCCAGAACGUGCCGUGGCUGACCGCUCGGCCGAAGGAGGCAAGGCGAAUCAAAGCCGAGUUUUGCGAGCGACUGGGCAUCGACCGGGCACCGCAUUUGGUGGUGAUCGGGCCAGACGAAGCCAUCAUCAACCACGACGCACUCGUGCACGCUUCCAGCGACACCCAAGGCGAGCUGUUCCCCUGGCACCCCAAGAACGUGGUCGAUAUUGCCGAGGUGCGCAAGCGAGGCGAUCGAGACAUUGAGGCAAUCGAGGCUAUCGAGGCGAUCGAGGCAAUCGAGCAGCGGUGCUCGUUCCUGCACGGCGUCCAUGGUCACCACAUAACCCACAAGACCUCUUUGAUCGCAUUCUUUGGGUCUGCCUCGGAGAAACAAGCCGCGGAAAUCGAGCGCACUCUGCAAGAAGUGGCCGAUCGUCAUGUUGAAAAGAUGGUCUGCAAAGAUGACAUGUGCGUGAUCGUCAAGACAGAGCCGCAAGUGCUGUUCUUUACGAGCAAGCACGAUUGCAAAAUGCAACAGCUCGUGCGCCAAUACUCGCAGGUCCCACCCGAGCAGUGGCCCGCCAAGCCCUUUGUUUUGGUGAUCAACGCAGGUGCCAAGAGCAUUGCUGUUGUUGAAGAAGAUAUCAACCAUAGCAACCUGCAGAGCCUCAUCGAUCGCAUCCAGUCGAGGCAGCUGUCGAUGCAAAAGCUGGCUCCGUCGUCGGCCGAGCCUAUUUUCAAGACCGUGCCGUACCUCCUGGUGCCUCUGGCACUGCACCAGAUCAGCGCAAGCUUGAACCAGGUCUUUGACCGCCAGAGCCUCCUGUCCCGCGCGGGCAGCUACUUGAUCUGGUUCGUUGUCAUGGUGAUGUUCUUGCGCUUGGCCGGCCGUGUGGCGGCUCUGGCGGAGGAGUACAUCAGCCCGCGCCUCAAGUACGAGUGGCAGGAGCCGGGCAGCUAUCGCCGCCCCAAGCGUGAAUGA